CAUCAGUAGAUCAGUAUGGAGUUGAUUUCUCUUCCUCUAGUUCUCUUGUUGAUUUCGAACAUCCACUCAAGUUCUGAAGCUUUACCCAAAAUUACAGUAAGUGUAACACCAGAAGGUCCUGUGUUCAUUGGAGAGACAGUUGAUCUGAAGUGUGAGAUAAAUCAGUACAGUGACUGGAGAUAUCUGUGGAUUAAAGACGCAGCUGAAGUAAAAAACUAUAGGCGUUACACUGUAAACAGAGACUCUCUCACUAUCAAUGGAGUUACUCAAUCUGAUCAGGGGUUCAGGUGUAGAGCAGAGAGAGAUGGACGAACACAGCCUUCAAUAUCAAGCUCUGCUGUUAAUCUCAAUGUAAAAGCUUUACCCAGAGCUACAGUGAGAGUAACCCCAGAAAGAUCUGUGUUCACUGGAGAGACAGUCACUCUGAAGUGUGAGAUAGAGGAUCAGUACAGAUCAUUAAACUGGAGAUAUCAGUGGUAUAAAGACACAAAGUUUUACAGUUCCACUGUAUACAGAGACUCUCUCACUAUCAAUGGAGUUACUGAAUCUGAUCAGGGCCGGUUCAGCUGUAGUGCAGAGAUACACGGACGACCAAAGACUUCACUAUCAAGCUCUGCUGUUGAUCUCAAUGUGAAGGCUUUACCCAAGGCUACAGUAAAAGUACCAGACAGCCCUGUGUUCACUGGAGAGACAGUCACUCUGAAGUGUGAGAUAGAUCAGUACAGAUCAUUAAACUGGAGAUAUCUGUGGUAUAAAGGUAGAACUGGGACUGCAGUGUUUAAGGGAAACAUCUACACCAUCAGCUCACCAUCAGAUCGGGAUGAGUUCUGGUGUAGAGGAGAGAGAGAUGGACGACCCUCAUCCUCACAGGACAGUGAUCAUGUGACUCUCUCUGUUAAAGCUUUACCCAGAGCUACAGUGAGUGUAACACCAGACAGAUCUGUGUUCACUGGAGAGACAGUCACUCUGAAGUGUGAGAUAGAGAAUCAGCACAGAUUAUUAACCUGGAGAUAUCAGUGGUAUAAAGGCACAACAAAAGCCUCUAAGUUUCAGCAUUACACUGUAAACAAAGACUCUCUCACUAUCAAUAGAGUUCCUGAAUCUGAUCAGGGUGAGUUCAGCUGUAGUGCAGAGAUACACGGACGACCAAAAACUUCGCUAUCAAGCUCUUCUGUUUAUCUAAAUGUGACGGCUUUACCCAAAAUUACAGUGAGAGUAACACCAGACAGAUCUGUGUUCACUGGAGAGACAGUCAAUCUGAAGUGUGAGACAGAGGAUCAGUACAGAUCAUUAAACUGGAGAUAUCACUGGUAUAAAAACACAACAAAAAUCUCUAAGUUUCAGCAUUACACUGUAAACAGAGAGUCUCUCACUAUCAAUGGGGUUACUGAAUCUGAUCAGGAUGAGAUCAACUGUGGAGCAGAGAUACACGGACGACCAAAGACUUCACUAUCAAGCUCUGCUGUUCAUCUCACUGUGAAUGCUUUACCCAGAGUUACAGUGAGAGUAACACCAGACAGAUCUGUGUUCACUGGAGAGACAGUCACUCUGAAGUGUGAGAUAGAGGAUCAGUACAGAAACUGGAGAUAUCUGUGGUAUAAAGACACAACUGGGACUUCAGUGUUUGAGGGAAACAUCUACACCAUCAGAUCACCAUCAGAUCAGGAUGAGUUCUGGUGUAUAGGAGAGAGAGAUGGACGACCCUCAUCCUCACAGGACAGUGAUCAUGUGACUCUCACUGUUAAAGCUUUACCCAGAGCGACAGUGAGUGUUACACCAAAAAGUCCUGUGAUCACUGGAGAGACAGUCACUCUGAAGUGUGAGAUAGAGGAUCAAUACAGAUCAUUAAACUGGACAUAUCAGUGGAGUAAAGGCACAACUGAAGUGUUAAACUUUGGGCAAUACACUGUAAACAGAGACUCUCUCACUAUCACUGGAGUUACUGAAUCUGAUAAGAAGGAGUUCAGCUGUAGUGCAGAGAUACACGGACGACCAAAGACUUCACUAUCAAGCUCAUCUGUUCGUCUCACUGUUAAAGAAAGACCAACACCUGAAGUGUUUGUUUGGCCUGGUGAAGAUGUAUACAGAGGAGAAACUGUCAAUCUCACAUGUGUCAUCAAUAGAGGAGUCGUCAGCAGCUGGCAGUACAGCUGGCAUAAAGAUUCAUCAUUUGACAACAUGAGUGACCUUCAGAAUUACACAAUCAGAUCUGUUACUGAGUCUGACGCAGGUAAAUACACCUGUAGAGGAAAUGAGACCAAUGGACCACAAUACUCAGACAUCAGUGAUGCAGUUACACUGACAGUAUCAGCUUUACCCAGCAUUACAGUGAGAGUAACACCAGACAGAUCUGUGUUCACUGGAGAGACAGUCACUCUGAAGUGUGAGAUAGAGGAUCAGUACAGUAACUGGAGAUAUGUGUGGUAUAAAGACACAACUGAAGUAUUUAACUCUAAGCAUUCCACUGUAAACGGAGACUCUCUCACUAUCACUCGAGUUACUGAAUCUGAUCAGGAUGAGUUCAACUGUAGGGCAGAGAUACACGGACGACCACAGACUUCACUAUCAAGCUCUGCUGUUUAUCUCAAUGUGAAGGCUUUACCCAGAGCUACAGUGAGAGUAACAUCAGACAUAUCUGUGUUCACUGGAGAGACAGUCACUCUGAAGUGUGAGAUAGAGGAUCAGUACAGUGACUGGAGAUAUCUGUGGUAUAAAGGCAGAUUUGGAACUUCAGUGUUUAAGGGAAACAUCUACACCAUCAGAUCACCAUCAGAUCAGGAUAAGUUCAGGUGUAGAGGAGAGAGAGAUGGACGACCCUCAUCCUCACAGUACAGUGAUCAUGUGACUCUCUCUGUUAAAGCUGAGACCAUGGUCUAUUCCAUACAGGCUCCUCCACUGGCUUUACCCAGAGCUACAGUGAGAGUAACACCAGACAGAUCUGUGUUCACUGGAGAGACAGUCACUCUGAAGUGUGAGAUAGAUCAGUACAGUAACUGGACAUUUAAGUGGUAUAAAGACACAACUGGAACUUCAGUGUUUGAGGGAAACAUCUACACCAUCAGAUCACCAUCAUAUCAGGAUAAGUUCUGGUGUAGAGGAGAGAAAGAUGGACGACCCUCAUCCUCACAGUACAGUGAUCAUGUGACUCUCUCUGUUAAAGCUUUACCUAGAGCUACAGUGAGAGUAACACCAGACAAUCCUGUGAUCAUUGGAGAGACAGUCACUCUGAAGUGUGAGAUAGAGGAUCAGUACAGAUCAUUAAACUGGACAUAUCUGUGGUAUAAAGACACAACUGAAGUGUUAAACUUUGAGAAUUACACUGUAAACAGAGACUCUCUCACUAUCACUGGAGUUACUCAAUCUGAUCAGGAUCGGUUCUGGUGUAGUGCAGAGAUACACGGACGACCAAAGACUUCACUAUCAAGAUCAUCUGUUCAUCUCACUGUGAAAGAAAGACCAACACCUCAAGUGUCUGUUUGGCCUGCUGAUCAUGUAUUCAGAGGAAAAGCUGUCACUCUUACAUGUGUCAUCAAUGGAGGAGGAGUCAGCAGCUGGGAGUAUAGCUGGUAUAAAGAUUCAAUCAUCCAGCAGAAUAAACUCCAGUAUUACACAAUCAGACCUGUUACUGAGUCUGACACUGGAAACUACACCUGUAGGGGAAAUUAUAUCAAUGGAUUACGAUACUCACACAUCAGUGAUGCAGUUACACUGACAGUAUCAGAUAAACCACAGACAGUUUUAAGUGUUUCUCCAGACCGGUGGUUGACUCCAGGAGAAUCAGUAACUCUGAUGUGUAGGCUUAGAAACUCCUCCACAGGCUGGACAUUCAGCUGGUUCACUGUAAAGAAACGUUCAUCAGGUAAAAUAGGUUAUAAGUUGACGUCAGACAGCAGUGGAGGAUCUAAAGGCAUCUACACAGUGAGUUCAGUGACUGUGAAGCACAUAGGAGUUUAUAUGUGCAGAGCAGAGAGAGGAGAUCCAGUCUAUCACACAGAGUACAGUAACACACAAACACUGUGGAUCACUGGUGUUUCUCCUUCAGUCUCUCUGAUCAUCAGACCCAACAGAUCUCAACACUUCUCAUUUGAAUCUCUCUCUCUGAGCUGUGAGGAUCACAGGAACUCUACUGGAUGGACAGUGAGAAGAUACACAAAAGAUAAACUGAAACUGUGCUCAUCAGGAACAACAUCUACAUGUACAAUCAGUGAUCUCUAUACAUUUGAUUCUGGAGUGUACUGGUGUCAGUCUGAAUCUGGAGAGAAUCUUCAUCCUGUUAAUAUCUCAGUACACCAUUUUGUGAUUCUGGACAGUCCUGUUCAUCCUGUGACUGAAGGAGAUCCUCUGACUCUACGCUGUUUAUAUCGAAAUAAAAACCCCUCUAAUCUGAGAGCUGAAUUUUAUAAAGAUGGAUCAGUGGUGCAGAGUCAGACUACAGGAGACAUGAUGAUCAUCCCUACAGUCUCAAAGUCACAUGAGGGUUUCUACUACUGUAAACACCCAGAGAGAGGAGAGUCUCCAAAGAGCUGGAUCUCAGUCACAGGCCCACGUGGCGGGCAGAGGUGUGUGUCACACAGGACUGGACUUCUCCUUCCUUUCUCUAGGUGCGUGCUACAAGCAAAGGUACGUGCUGUAAGCAAGGGUACGUGCUGUAAGCUAAGGUAUAGGCUGUAA